GGAAGAAUGCACCUUACAUUGGUGGUCAAUGGGAAGAAUGUCCCUUACACUGGUAGUCAGUGGGAAGAAUGCACCUUACAUUGGUGGUCAAUGGGAAGAAUGUCCCUUACAUUGGUAGUCAGUGGGAAGAAUGCACCUUACAUUGGGGGUCAGUGGGAAGAAUGCUCCUUACAUUGGUGUACAGUGGAAAGAAUGUCCCUUACAUUGGGGGUCAGUGGGAAGAAUGCCCCUUACAUUGGGGUCAGUGGAAGAAUGCCCCUUACAUUGGGGGUCAGUGGGAAGAAAUGUCCCUUACAUUGGGGGUCAGUGGGAAGAAUGUCCCUUACAUUGGUGUACAGUGGGAAGAAUGCUCCUUACACUGGUAGUUGUGGGAAGAAUGCCCCUUACAUUGGUGGUCAGUGGGAAGAAAUGUCCCUUACAUUGAUGGUCAAU